AUGGUCUUGUCUGGUCAUCCACAUAUCAACACCAAAAGCACAUCACGAAGACAAGGAUCAUCUAUUGGUCAAUUACAGUGGAAAUUGGUGAGAUCUAGCCAAUACAACCCCUGUCUUACACCGAGAAUUGAAGGAGGAGGAUGGCAGGUCGUCAACAUGGAUAAAGGAGGUGCUUCCGCUGUUGUCUUUGCGUCCAGAGACUUGUCCCAGAUAGGUCAAGAAAACCCGCGUGUUCCCACCUCCCCGGGCCUGGACUAUGAUGAGCUCUUCAGGUCUCAGGACUACCCAGGAGCUUCUAGCUCCCCUCGCCUAAGCUACAGGGACCUUCCCUCGCUCAUCACUGAUAUCCCUUCCUUUCUUGAUCAUCUUUCUCUUGACAGGAGCGAGGCCGAAUACCUAAGGAUGACCCCUGGCCUGAGCCCAGACGAUGGAGGGAUUACCACAUCCGAGUCCAUGGGUCAGACCCCACCAGAACUCGUUAGAGGUGGUAGUACCUCUCCUUCGUCUCACUCUGGCUCCGUCUUCUUCGAUGGUGUAGACGAUGUCCGUCGACGCCCUCGAGUCAGCCUCCAAGAGGUUCAGGCCCAGGAUGAUAAGUGGACGUACCCCCAGGCCGUACCUAGCAAGCACGCCCCCCGGGGGUAUGGCUACCCACAUCAGAUCCAGGUACACGAGUCCUCGUCCCGCCGCUCAAGCCACACCAAGACAUACUCGUACUCUCCCUCCUCAAACUCAACCUCUGGUGUCAAGCGUCAGCGUUCUGUGGAGAAGAGGUCAAGACAGCUCUCUGAUCCAGACCAGACAGCCGACGUCCGCAAGAGUGGAGCCUGUCUUCCGUGCCGUAUCUCCAAGACCCGCUGUCAAGACUGUGGCGUCUGUCCCUAUUGCCGUAAGGCCUUCCCAGACCACUCACACCUGGUCUGUACCCGUAGGACCCCUGCGGUUGCUCCGCCUGUGAUUCGUCACAUCGCCGACGUCUGGUCUCCCGACCCUGCGGAAGAGAGGCGUGUCGUUGAUCAUGAGCCUCGUUUUCCCACUGCGAAACCCAGAGAUAUUGUCAUCUUCUUCACCCGCGAUGCCGAGUCACCUUUUCUUCGAGCAUCCGUCCAAGCAUACCAUUCUCAGAAUGGAACGGAUGAGAACCCAAGAAACGCUGCUUUUGAGCGGGAUAGAUUUCCCACUUAUGGUGAGCUCCAGCGCUGGGUCGAGGCACAGAUCCGAAGAGAACGCAGCUCUAGAUUUGAGCAUGUGGUGCAAAACUUUUUGCUCUCAUAUUAUGAGGAUGGCCAGGGACUUCCAAAGCACAACCUCGUCUCCAAGGUCCACACAAUGAAUUGUUUCUUCAGGAUCUGGAAAGCUCCGCGCUUCACCUGCUGCAGCUCGUCCAACAAGCUCUCUCAGGUCCCUUUUACUGUUCAAGCCGAGCUUAGACGCAUUGCAUGGAACGCACUUGUGUCUCAUGAGCAUGAUAUCCUCAAGCUCCUCGAAGACUGCUUGGCGCAACAAGAGUCUCUAAAAGUUCAAGAGAAGAUGGCAGUUUGGGCCAGCUUGUGGCAACUCAUGAUCAUGUAUAGAGACUUGGUCAUUGCACAUGAUGGCUACUUCGCCCGAAACCCAAGUGCCAAGAGAGACCAGAAUAUCGUUGGGGCUUUUGAGAACCUUUACAAUGGAUUCUUCCCCUUGAUAGCCAUAUUCUAUCACUGCCAAUUCAAGACUCCCAAGAGAAUGGAGAUGUCAAUGGACUGGCUCAAGGACUAUCCUUCUCAUGCUCGUCAUAGCAGCAAAAUUCGCCAGUUCUCCCAGGCUAUGAUGGACGCCAGAAAGGAAUUCUGUAAGACCACCUCACCUUAUUUUGUGGGACGUGCCACUAACCUAUCCCCAGAUGAGAGAGUUCAGCGUUCGUCGUACAAGGUUGACGAGCGACUUAGCGCCUUGGUAGUUAACCAUGAGCUUAAGAAAAUCUCAAACAAGAGACGCCCUCGAAGUAGUACCAAGAGUAAGGGAAGCUCGCGUGAUAGUGCGUAAUAGUUGCACAUAUCAUGUCCAGUCAUUACAGAAAUUUAUUUGCAAACCAAAAGGCAAAACAGGAAAAACAUAUGGAAAAGACGAAAU